GCUGCAGAUAUCAAAUACCAAUAAUUGUUCUACUGGUUUGAUUGCAUUCCUUCUCUAUAGAAUACUAACAAAAUUAGAGGACUUAUGAAUGAUUGUGAUGAAUUUCCUUUUAAUAUCAACCAAAUCAUUGCUAUUCACGGACCACUGACCAGUGUCUUCGCAUCUUUCGGCGAGUCUACACCGGUUUUUUAUUAGUUGCGCCUGCGCACUAAACGAUCUAUCAGCUGAUUGCCUGGUAUUUUUGUUUAUUUGAAGCAAUUGUGCAAUUCAUUUCAAUUCAUUUUGUGUACGAAACGAGAUAACAAUUUUUAUGGCGCCGUUGCGUUGGGGAAUUGCUAGUGCCGGUAAGAUCUCGCACGAUUUUGCCAAUGCAGUUUUCACAUGGUCCAAAGAAGACCAUUUGGUGGCUGCCGUCAGUGCGCGUAAACUGGAGGAUGCGGAAAAGUUCGCUAAAUUGCAUGGAAUUGACAAGUAUUACGAAGGCUACGAGGCUUUAGCCAAGGAUCCAAACAUCGAUGUUGUUUACAUCGGAGCAAUCAACCCGACCCAUUACGAGCUGGGACUUUUGAUGUUAAAUAACGGAAAACAUGUUCUUUGUGAAAAGCCACUAUGCAUGAAUGAAGGUCAAUCGAAGCGUUUGCUUGCUCAUGCCACAGAGAAAAAGUUGUUUUUCAUGGAAGCUAUCUGGUCCAGAUUUUUCCCUUCUUACAUCCAUCUGAAAAAUCGCAUAAACGCCGGUGACUUGGGUGAAAUAAAAGAAGUAGAUGUGGAGUUCGGAUUCUUUCUGUCGGACGUAGAUCGGCUCCGACUAAAAGGAUUGGGUGGCGGUACUGUGUUGGAUCUGGGUGUUUACACAAUUCAAGUCAGCCUGUGGGCUUUCCGUGAUGCACCUUCGGAAGUUAUCGCGAAAGGACAGUUAAAUGAAGAGGGUGUCGAUCUGGAAGUGGAGGCACAGUUGAAAUUUCCAAACGGUGGAAUCGCCAAGAUGAAAACAAGUGCCCUGAAGAAGCUUAGAAACACGGCAAUCAUUCGGGGCACUAAAGGGACGCUAACGCUGCACGACUUCUGGUGCUCCACCGAGCUGACAGAUAUUGAUGGAUCGCGUAAGGAAUUCCCACUCCCAAAAGCUCGGCACUAUUUCAACUUCCCCAACAGCUGCGGUUUGCGUUACGAGGCAGAGGAAACGCGUCAGUGUAUUAACGCGGGUAAGCUGGAGUCCGUAUCGGUGCCGCACAGCGAGAGUUUGAGAAUCGCUCGUAUCCAAGACGAGAUUAGAAGACAAAUUGGAGUUAAAUUUCCAGAAGAUGCACAAUUCAAGCCGUAAUCAUAUGGUGGUCUGCUAUUUACCAGAACAAAUAAGAAACAAAACGUUGCAGUGGGUGAGAGUUAGUACACAUAUGUAUAGAUAAGAAAGAGUCAACACAUCGCAUUUCCUCGCGAAUCGCGGUGCCAAUGUUUGCAUGAAGUAUAAACAAAACUAUCUAGUUUGUUUAAGUUGCGGUGAGAGCGAAAAUAUACUUAUCGAAAAUA